UCUCUCAUCCUCAUAUUAAAUAGGGGACUAUAUUUUUGAACCACUCUGAGGACAACGUGACGUUUUAAAUUAAAAGCACAAAAAACUUUUUUACUAUAAAUCCCAAAAAGAGUAUAUGCUACAGAACAGGUCAAUCAAGUUUUGUUCUGUUAUAAAACUUAAGGACUUGUUUCUGAAAUAAAAAGCUCAGUUUUUUUUUGUUUGGAAGUCUUGCAAAAUCAUCACGAUGUUAGAUCCUUCUUCAGCUAAAUCCUCCAAUACCCAUUUGUGUUUUCCGAGUAUACCCAAUGAUCACUCAGAUUCCGGCGUCUGUUCGCCUACUCUGUGGAGAAACAGUCCUCCGAGGAGUCCUUUUCACCGGCCGGAAGAUUACUGGAGCCUUUCGCCUGAUUCUAGAGCACAAGCUAUAGCUCGAGGUCAGCGAGAGCUUAUGGAGAUGGUUAGUAAGAUGCCCGAGUCGUGUUACGAGCUUUCGUUGAAAGAUCUUGUUGAAGUGAAGGUGAAUCAAGAGAAUGAACGGAAGGUGUUCGAUGAAUUGCCUGAAAGAGAAGAUAAGCCGAGUAAAGUUAUUAAGAAGACGAAGAGUGAUAAAAGGAUUGAUCCGAAUCGGACUGGAGGAGGAUUCGAUGGUGGGUUUCUUCUCAAAAUGAUGUUUCCGGUUAGCUUAGGAGGUAAGGCAAAUACGACCAAGAAGAAGAAGAAGAAGAAGAAGAAAAAGGGGGAGGAUACGAUUAAAGAUUCUCAGGUUUCACCGAGACCUUCGAUCUGUGAUGAGCUUGUGAGAGAAGAGGAUAAAGAGUGGUGGAAUAAAAUGUCUGAGUUAAGCACAAAGAGGAGCGGUAGUAGCAGUAGCAACAGUAGUAAUAGCCUAAGGGGUGGAAAACGUAGCUGCUUACCUUUCUUCUGGAAGGCACAUUCAAAAGAGUGAAGCAAAGCUUUCUUGGCGUAAGAAGCAGAGCUUGAUUAGACAACAACACUCGAGUGUGUCGUUUGCAGUCUAUAAAUCUUCGGAGGGAAUGGUUUUAGAGAACGAAGAUGAUUACUCUUCUGAUAAAUUAUUUCUAUAUCUUUUUUUUGCUUCUGUAAGCCUAUGUAUCCUCCUUUUUGGAUACGGUAUUAUUAGUAAUGUAAAUAGAGAUGAAUGUGCACUGAUUGGUGUUUCAAAUUCUGCGAUUUUGAAUUCGAAUGUAUAGUGUGUUUAGGAUCCUA